GCUCAAAAAUGUUAGCCUGUGUUGUUAAGUCUGAAAGCUACAGGGGAUUUGCCAGACGGAAAUAAUACCGUUUUAUCGCCGAGAAACACAUGCACAGGCCACACGAUCGCGUCGCGUGUUUUUAUACGUUUUUUUAUCCGCGUGAAGCGAGCGUCUUGGGUUUAUCCUGAGAGAAAGUUCGUUGGUUAUUUUGUGGGAGUGAUGUCGAAUCCUGGGACUCGAAGGAACGGGUCAAGCAUCAAAAUCCGACUGACAGUAUUAUGUGCCAAGAAUCUGGCAAAGAAAGACUUCUUCCGGUUGCCUGAUCCUUUUGCCAAAGUGGUGGUGGACGGCUCGGGUCAAUGCCACUCUACAGACACGGUCAAAAGCACAUUGGACCCCAAGUGGAAUCAGCAUUACGACCUGUAUAUUGGGAAGACCGAUUCCAUCACCAUUAGCGUAUGGAACCAUAAGAAGAUCCAUAAGAAGCAGGGUGCAGGAUUCUUAGGCUGUGUGCGGCUCUUGUCAAACGCUAUCAGCAGACUAAAAGACACAGGCUACCAGCGUUUAGACUUAUGCAAGUUGAACCCAUCUGACAGUGAUGCUGUCCGUGGACAAAUCGUUGUGGGUCUACAGACCAGAGACAGAAUUGGCAGCGGAGGGCCUGUGGUGGACUGUAGAGGACUGGUAGAGAAUGAAGGGCCAGUCUUUGAAGACUCGGGGCCCGGACGGCCUCUCAGCUGCUUCAUGGAGGAGCCUAUGCCAUACACAGAUCCCACAGGAGCCGCUGGAGGGGGCAACUGCCGUGCACUUGAGUCACCUAAUCAGGAACAACGGCUCCAAGCACAACGCAUCAGAAACCAGGAUUCCCGAGGGCAUGCACACACCCCUCAGAAUCGACCGCACGGACACCAAUCCCCCGACCUCCCUGAGGGCUAUGAGCAAAGGACCACAGUGCAGGGCCAAGUCUAUUUUCUGCACACACAGACUGGCGUGAGCACCUGGCACGAUCCCAGAAUACCCCGGGAUUUGAACAGCGUGAGUUGUGAGGAGCUGGGCCCUCUGCCGCCCGGCUGGGAGAUCAGGAGCACUGUGUCAGGACGAAUUUAUUUCGUCGACCACAAUAAUAGAACCACGCAAUUCACCGACCCCAGGUUACACCACAUCAUGAGCCAACACUCUCAGGUGAAGGAGUCGAGCCAGGCUCUGCCCGUGCAGAUGGAGGUUGGCAUGGAAGAGGGUGACGGAGAGUUGCCGGUGCGCUACGAAAGAGAUCUGGUCCAGAAACUCAAAGUUCUUCGGCAUGAGCUCUCGCUGCAGCAGCCUCAGGCCGGCCACUGCCGCAUAGAAGUGUCCCGCGAGGAGAUCUUUGAGGAGUCUUAUAGGCAGAUCAUGAAGAUGAGACCCAAAGACCUGAAGAAGCGGCUGAUGGUGAAGUUCAGGGGCGAGGAGGGGCUGGAUUACGGAGGAGUUGCUAGGGAGUGGUUAUAUCUGCUCUGCCAUGAGAUGCUGAAUCCAUACUAUGGCUUGUUUCAGUACUCGACUGAUAACAUCUACACACUACAGAUCAACCCAGACUCCUCUAUCAACCCCGAUCACUUGUCGUACUUCCACUUUGUUGGGCGGAUUAUGGGUCUGGCUGUUUUCCACGGGCACUACAUUAAUGGGGGCUUCACCUUGCCCUUCUACAAGCAGCUCCUGGGGAAGCCCAUUCAGCUUUGUGACCUUGAGACUGUGGACCCAGAGCUGCACAAGAGCCUCGUCUGGAUCCUAGAAAAUGACAUCACAUCUGUUUUGGACCACACCUUCUGCGUAGAACAUAAUGCUUUUGGCAAGUUCCUCCAACAUGAGCUCAAACCAAACGGCAAGAACAUCCCGGUCACAGAGGAGAACAAGAAAGAAUACGUGAGGCUGUACGUCAACUGGAGGUUCAUGCGAGGCAUCGAGGCACAGUUUCUUGCCCUGCAAAAGGGCUUCAACGAACUCAUACCGCAGCAUCUGCUUAAGCCUUUCGACAACAAGGAACUUGAGCUGAUCAUCGGUGGUUUGGGGAAGAUCGAUCUGAACGACUGGAAGGCCAACACGCGGCUGAAGCAUUGUGUGGCUGACAGCAACAUCGUGAAGUGGUUCUGGCAGGCGGUGGAGUCGUUUGACGAGGAGAGGAGAGGCAGACUCUUACAGUUCGUCACAGGCUCCACACGCGUCCCUCUACAAGGCUUCAAAGCACUGCAAGGUUCUACAGGUUCUGCAGGACCAAGACUCUUCACUAUUCAUUUAAUUGAUGCCAACACAGACAACCUGCCCAAAGCCCACACAUGCUUCAACCGGAUCGACAUCCCGCCUUACGAGUCAUACGAGAAGCUGUAUGAAAAGCUCCUGACGGCCGUGGAGGAGACGUGUGGUUUCGCGGUGGAGUGAGCGAGCGCCCUAUCCAGCCAGCCAGCAAUGGCAGCAAAAGCCACCAAACAGCCCCUGCCACCCUCUCACACCCCUCCCCUUCUGCAGGACAGACGGACUGGUGUCUCCCGACAGACUUUAGCAUCACACUGCAGCGGAGGGCAGCAAACACCCAAGGUGUUUCAACUCAAUGACUAAUGGUUUUGGCAUUACCACAACGAGUUCCAGAGGAAAUGUCGUUUCUCAACAAUGCAGUUGGUAUCGUCUUUGUCACUGAAGCGGCGGGUUGAUGCGCGAGUGUGU